AUGUCCAGCCCAGAGGAGACGCCGAUCACCGAGGAGCAGCGUCGGUUAUCUCAAAAUGGUGCCCUGAACGCCGCGUUCUGGCAGCAUCCACCAUCGCAGCAUCCACCACCGCUGCAAUCCGACGCCCCGGCGAUACAGCAAACGCUGCAAUUGUUGCAAUCACAGUUAGCUCAGCAACAAGCGCUCCUGGCUCAAUUGGUGCAACAGCAGCUUCCCGCGCCGCAAAUUCUACAGCCCGAGCAGCAUCCACCGCCAAAGCCCAGCAAUCCGGAGCUCAUCCUCGAAGCUCUAGCCAGCAACAUAACGGAAUUUCAUUACGAUGCCGAUGCUGGCGUUACGUUCGAGUCCUGGUAUGCGCGGUACGAUGACCUUUUUGCGCAGGACGCAGCCCGCUUAGACGACGCUUCGAAGGUCCGCUUGCUAGGACGUAAGUUGGGCGCAGCCGAGCACGCCCGUUUUAUUAAUUACAUUUUGCCACGAUCCGCCCGUGACUUCGCGUUUUCCGAAAUGGUGGAAAAGCUUAAAAUGCUCUUUGGCAAAAUGGAGUCUACCCUAUGCAAGCGUUUUAAGUGCUUCAAUACGACGAAAACGCGCGAUGAGGAUUUACUGGCAUUUACCUGCCGCGUAAACCGUGCCUGCGUGGAAGCGGAAUUUUCUUCAAUGACAGAAGAACAGUUCAAGUGUCUCGUUUUAGUGUGUGGGUUAAAGGACGAAGGUGACCGCGAUGUACGAAUCAAGUUGUUAGCUAACCUGGAGGAACGGAAGGACGCAACUCUAGAGCAGCUAGCGGAACUUUGUCAGCGACUGAUUCGUGUGAAGGCUGAUAGUGCAAUGAUCGCGCCUGGGAAUCUACUUCACCGCAACAUCAGUCAGCUCGUGGAUUCCGGAAUGGCGAUACCGUAUGGGCAAAACAAUUUGUCCGUAAUUCAUGGAAGUGGAUCGCCGGAAAAGUCGUUCGUCGUUGCGGACGUGUAA